CAGAAGUCAGAUGUGUGUGGGUUACUUUUAUUUCCUUUUUUUUUUAACUCCUCUGGCAGUAAACCAUACUUUAGGAUCUGACGUUGUAAUUUUGUAAGUGUAUUUAAGCUCUCACAUACAUGUGUAGUGAAGGGUUCAGGACAGGAAUUUUCUGCAGAAAAACAUUUGGUCCUGUUACGAAUUGUGUGUUCAGAAACUUGGAGCAUAUAAUUGAAAAUUUCUUCUUAACCUUUUUCAAGAUAGCUGAAAAAUGAUUGGAAGAAUUGAUUCUCUCUGAGACUCAUCAGACUAUUUCCUUAAAAAAACCUUUAUCUUGCUGUGUGUUUGUGAAUAAGUAGAACCAGAGCACGCAGAAAACACCUUCACCAUCUCUGGAAGUUUGAAGAAAGCAAGUGAUUACUUUUGAUUUUUCUCCUGUACACAUAAAAUGGGCUGUGAUAGGAACUGUGGCCUCAUCGCUGGGGCUGUCAUUGGCGCAGUCCUGGCUGUGUUUGGAGGUAUUCUAAUGCCAGUCGGAGAUAUGCUUAUUGAGAAGACAAUUAAAAAGGAAGUCGUCCUUGAAGAGGGUACAAUUGCUUUUAAAAACUGGGUUAAAACGGGCACAGAAGUCUACAGACAGUUUUGGAUUUUUGAUGUGCAAAAUCCCCAAGAAGUGGUAGUAAACAGCAGCAACAUUAAAGUUAAACAAAGAGGUCCUUAUACAUACAGAGUUCGUUAUCUAGCCAAGGAAAAUAUAACUCAGGACAAUGAGGAUCACACAGUCUCUUUUGUGCAGCCCAAUGGCGCCAUCUUUGAGCCUUCACUCUCAGUUGGAACAGAAAAUGAUACUUUCACAGUUCUCAAUCUGGCUGUAGCGGCUGCACCUCAUAUCUAUCAAAAUGCAUUCGUUCAAGUGGUGCUCAAUUCACUCAUCAAAAAGUCAAAAUCUUCUAUGUUCCAAAACCGAACACUGAAGGAAUUAUUGUGGGGCUAUAAGGAUCCAUUCUUGAGUUUGGUUCCAUACCCUAUUGUUACCACUGUUGGCGUAUUUUAUCCGUACAACAAUACUGUAGAUGGAGUUUAUAAAGUUUUCAAUGGGAAGGAUGACAUAAGCAAAGUUGCUAUAAUUGACACAUACAAAGGGAAAAGGAAUCUCUCCUAUUGGCCAAGUUAUUGUGACAUGAUUAAUGGCACAGAUGCAGCCUCAUUUCCACCUUUUGUUGAGAAGUCUCGAGUAUUGCGAUUCUUUUCCUCUGAUAUUUGCAGAUCAAUCUAUGCUGUAUUUGGAUCUGAGGUUGACUUGAAAGGAAUCCCUGUGUAUAGAUUUGUUCUUCCAGCCAAAGCCUUUGCAUCUCCAGUCCAAAACCCAGACAAUCAUUGCUUCUGCACAGAAACCAUUAUCUCCAAAAAUUGUACUUCAUAUGGUGUGCUAGACAUUGGCAAAUGCAAAGAAGGAAGACCUGUGUACAUUUCACUUCCUCAUUUUCUACAUGCAAGUCCUGAUAUUUCAGAACCCAUUGAAGGCUUAUAUCCAAAUGAAGAAGAACACAGGACAUACUUGGAUGUUGAGCCUAUAACUGGAUUCACAUUACAAUUUGCAAAACGGCUACAGGUGAACAUAUUGGUCAAACCAGCAAAAAAAAUUGAAGCAUUAAAGGGUCUGAAGAAGAAUUAUAUUGUGCCUAUACUUUGGCUUAAUGAGACUGGUACCAUUGGUGAUGAGAAAGCACAAAUGUUCAGAAAUCAAGUGAUUGGAAAAAUAAAUCUCCUCAGGCUGGUUGAGUUGGUCUUGCUGGGUAUUGGAGUGGUGAUGUUUGUUGCUUUUAUGAUUUCAUACUGUGUAUGCAGAACAAAGAAAGUAAAAUAAGUAAUAAAUGAGUCUACAUAUAUGCAUCAGCUACAUCAAGACCUUCCAUAAUAUAAAUCUGCAAAAAUGGGGAUUUAUUCUGCUCUAUUUUUACAAAACACAACUUAUCCUUUAGUUGAAGAAAUGGUGGCACUUUCUAUAUAUUUUUGGCACUAAAUUGCAGCACAAUUCAAGAGAAUUAAGAUGUCAUUAAAAUGUAUAGUUUGUAUAAAACCCAGAACGUUAAAACAACAACAACAACAACAUCAUUUAUACAAUUGAAUUGGUUUUCGUUUCUACAUAUUUGACCAGGAACCACUGGUUUCUGCUUGGCUUUGGUUCAUGGAUUGGUUCCCAGAUAGCAAAUUCAGCAGAAGAGUGGACAUUCAAAAUAGUCUUGUCUUGCUUAUCAAAAGACAAAGACUGUCAUGCUCAGAGGCUGUUUAUUUGCAGUGGGUAAAUCUACGUACUGUCAUUACAUUGGAUUAGCUCCAAAGAUUCUGAAGGAAUUUAAGAAUGAGAGCUAAAAGUUGAAUGAUUUAUGAGCCAUUCAUUAAACCUUAAUUUUUCGUUUUGCCUAGAAUACUUUGUACAGCAAAAGCAGCUAUUGUAACCAUUUUUCACUUCCUAAAGUGACUUAUAAUUUUGUCACUGAUCAUGCAAAUUAUCUGUAGCAUCUUUAUUGUUUUCAAUGUGUAACUUUUCCUGAGUACAUUUCAGUUUUGUUUUUGUUUCUGUUUUUGUUUUUCCUGCUCAGUUGCAACUUAAAGCUGGCAACCUCAGAAUGCUGUUCUAGUAUUAAGAGCUGUACAGGAUAAUAAAAAAAAUAUUAUAUGGAAUAUUACAAACAGUAGAAUGUACAUCAAAAGUUAUUGGUUAUAAUAUUUCUUGUUUUCAUAGUCACUGCAGAAGGACUGAUGUCAACUAUUAAAAGAUGUUCUUCUUUAAAUUCCA